AUGUUGGCCGCCUUGAUCAAAACAUCCGUGGAAGAGAUCUCUUGGGAUGGACCUCCUGGAAUUUCGUGGCCGAAGCUUCUGUACCGGCUUCAAGCGGCUGGACUUCAGAUGGACCAGCACCUCAAAGCAGCACUGUGGAAGGAGAUUCGCAACAAUAAAACCCCAAUCAUCGUCCAUGGCCGUACAACUGAUGGGCCACCACAGAAUGCAGACACGGAGGAUUCUGAUGAUGGCCAGUGCCGUCGCUCACGAAGCCAUCGCAACAAAGGGAAAGUGGUGUUGAGUGUGCCUGACACUAUGAGAUGGCAUUGCCUAAGAUUGGAUGCUCAUCCCGAUAUUGCCCAACAUGAGCUCACAAGACAAUGUCUACAACUUGUAGCCCAGGGGCGUUGGAAAGGUUGCCAAGCCUCAAUGUUGGCAGUGAAGUUGAAAAUGGCCGCAGGCAAUUUGACGUGGCCGCUGGAGACUUUGCGCGCAGCAGGUCUGUUGGUUGCAGUUCUGACAAUACGGUCGAAGGCAUCUGCUUCGGAUUCACACGUGAAUCUGUUUUAUUUCUCGCGUUUUUUUGAUCCAGCGUCCGUCGAGCACCAUGAGGUGCAAAUCUUGCUGAAGACUUCAGGUGGGGCCUUGCAGAACAAGAUAUCCUCCACGUUGGCUUCCACUGACUCGAAAGUUGCAUUUGAGUGUAGCUUGAGGACUGUUUUGACCCGAGCGCUGGAGGAAUCAGGAUUGAAACCUGACAUCACGCGGCGAGCAGUAGGCGAUGUCUACCAACGUUUGCGAUCUGACAUGGUAGCCAUUGGCAAGGUAGAAUGUGUGCGUGCAUGGGACGCACGCAGCAGAAGGUUCAGGGAUGCCCUCUGCCUUCCAGGCCAUGCCAGACCAACCGAGCCUGUUCAGCCAAAUCUGGCAAUCAGGGACAUCACAGCCACAGAGCAGCUUGGAGAAGUGGCACAGACACCGGAUUUGCAGGAUGAGGGUUUGGGCACAAUAGCGGACCACCCACUUCCCGAGUCGAUUGUGCAAGUGCCCCCAACCACAGCUUCUUUUCGAUCAUCGGAGAGGCCUGUGGCUCUCCAAGCCCUGGACUUGAUUCGGUGUUGCAGCAGACUUGGCUGCGGGGUCACUCGGCCAGAAGUAUGCAGCAUGCUGGGGGUGCGUUGGAAGCCAGCGGAGCAUAUUCUGAAGAUACUUGUGAAGAAGAAAAGAGUGGUCCCAGUGUUCGAGAGCAACGGGAAGGUCCAUGCAAACCGUUAUUUCGACUCUCCCGAAGCCUGCGCUGUCAUGUGCAACAUCCCAGAUGCAAGCAAGAAACAUGCUCUGAGAGCAAACGAUGGGCGCAGCAACAAAGCCCUUAAGACGGGAUCUACUGGACGCAUUGACGUCACAUUUGUUCGACGGGUGCAGCGCGCAAGCCAGCUGUUAGAGCAGAUAGGAGUGCUGACGACCUUUGACUUGAGAAAAGCUGGAAUGCAGGAUAAUGUGUUGGGAUGCAUGGAUCUCAAGACAUCAAACAAGAUCCUGAAAGCCCUCGCCUCGACUGAAAAGCGCGUGGGCCUUUCCAUGUCCCACUCAAACUGCAUCGAGUUCGCAUUCUGGAAGCCCACUCACACGCAAAGUUCAGCACGGAAGGGAGCGAAGCAGAAUUCAGAGCUUCGCAAGGAGAUUCGCUACCAGAAGACCCAGCAGGUCCAAAACGAAGAGCCAAAUUCGCCUUUGCCAGUGGCAGUGGCACCGAUGAAUCAACAUUCACCAUGUCGGUACCAGGGACCGGCAGCUCCAACUUGGAAACCUCUGGGCCGUAGGGUGCUGUCUGAGGACAUCGUGGCGGAGCGUCUGGGCCUGCGAGAGAGAUUAGGAGCUUUCGGAGAAGUGCCAUGGACUUUGGCCAAGAAGGUGGGCUCCUCACUCUACUGCUUGAGGCUUUUGCGCAAGCAAGCCGUCGAGCCCGAUGUGCAGUGGACGCCGAGAAUCGUGGAUGAGAUGGACUUGGACAUUUUCCUUCAGGUUGUCGGGUGUGGCAUUUACAAUCCGGAGCUCGACGACCUGUUGGCCACUGGCUCGAAUCUGCUUGUCAGCCAGGUGCCAGCCGCUGUACACAAGCAGCUCUUGCCCACCACAGGUGCAGGGGCAUCAAGGAUAACAAAGACCAUCCGCAAGGUCAUGGGCAACCUGGUGAAGAUGAAGCUGGUGAGUGUGGCAGAUGGGCAAACUUUCAGCUCGACAGGGGAUACCCUGCACUUGGUCUACACGGUGAAUAGGUACGCUUACUUGGACAGCUUCAAGGGCAGCUUGGAUGCAGACCAGCCCAAGCCACUUGCAAGCUUUGACUUUGCAGAGCCUGGUGCAGUGGAUUUAUACUGGGAGAGGCUUCGCGUCCUCGCGAAGGAGUGGUGCGACAGGUACGACAAAUCGGAUGAGCAACCAGCAGGUGCCGAAGAUGACGGAAGCGUAUCAGGCAUGGAGGAGGAUGAAAGACCGGAGCCAACUGUCCCCACUCCGAAAAAUGCUUCCUUUCCUGAGCUCUUUCAGCGCAAGAAUUGGAACAGUCAUCCGUGGCUGGCACCUCAUCAACGAGCUGCGCUCAACGAGUUUUUCACCGAUAUUUGUUUGAACCACGCGCGCAAAAACGAGAAGACAGCGGAAUGCUCACUUGUUGCACGGGAUACGCGAAUGGUGACGCUGAAAUCACCAGAAGUAGCCGCCCUCAGCAGUCGCAUCAUGGUGCCACCUGACCGGGUGAUCAAGUACUGUCGUCAGCUCCAGGAGGUGGCUGGUCCUCAUCCGUCGGGGGCUAAAGUGGAUUUCUCAUCAUUGUCUGCUGUGCGCUUCAGGUGCCACAUCUGCGGACAUGUCACCUUCAUGAAGCCUGCUGUGAGGGACCAUUACCUCAGGUGUCAUAAACAGGCGCUACCAGACGACAAGAGCCUCUAUUGUGAGCCAGACUUUUAUGCAAAAAGGUUGAAGACAGCGAAGGCACGCAAGAUCCCACGGGUGAAACGAUUGAAGAGCAAAGCCAGCAAAAUCGAGCUCGACAUGGGGGACCUUGAGGAAGUCAAAGAAGAGCCUCGCGACGAGAUGGAGGACUCCGCGUGGUUGCAGCUGUUGGUCACAGCCGAAUCCAUGCUUCCCUUACAACAACGUGCCCUCGGCUUGCCUGUGUCACAGUGCCCUGUUGGCCCGAAAGCCUCCAGCAUUGCUGCCGCUUGGCCCAUGCUGGCGCGGCUCACAAACUUCUCGGAGGAGUACUGCCGGAACCGCGUUCGGAGUAUUCUGGCGGAUGCAAAGAAACAGCGUCUGGUGAGCACCUUCCGCUCCGAGCCGGUCCAAGCUUACAAGACUCAAAGUUGCGGCGAUGCGUGUCGCUCUGUUGCGAGGUGCCUUCUGCUCUCGCCUUUCGAGAUUUCUAUGAUCUGGUGGAAGCCAGACUUUCUCACUGCUGAGGUCAGAAGACUUACAGACUGUGCGCUGAAGCAGUGGCAGCGUGCCGGCUUGGUGACUCGAUACAACACACGUAGCAAGAAGACCAGGAAGCUUCCAUGCGGCGUGCGCCCAGAUUGGCAUGAGCUGGAAGAGGAGGACGAGGAUGAGGAAGAGGAGGAGGGGGAGCAGGAGCCCAUCGCCAAUAAGAAGAAAGAGGGCAGCAUCCAGAAACACCUUCAGCUAACCAGCGAGGAGCCAACCCUACAUUCAGUUCGGACCGCCCCAGCCACUGCUACUUCCAACUCCGCCGUCCUCAAGUGGAUGGUUGCGCCCAAGGGAGAGAUUGCCAAGAUGAUUUCAGCUCCACUAGAUCCCCUGGACCCUCAGUGCUGCCUCUGUGCGGAUGCUGAGGAAACUGCAGGUGUUGACGCAGACAGGCAGCAGAAUUCGGAAGAGGAGCUUGCGGACGAGGAAGAUAAUGACGAUAUCAGUGAAGAUGGUUUGUGCACAUCGUCUCGAAGCCAGGGAGCUGAGAUUGACAAGCCUUACCAAGCCCAACAUUUCAAGACAAGCUCUGCGCCUGACACAGAUGUGGACCCAUCCAUCUUGAGGAAGGCGUUCAAAGAAUUUGCCGUAGCUUUCUUGGAGACUCCGGGCAGAGGCGAGCAAGAGCUGCUUGACACAGCGGCCUUCGUUCUGAAGGCUGUUAGCAGCAUAUCUCUCGCACCUGGCCCGAGAGAAGCAGGCGACUCUGCAGAUUGUGUGCUGCCAGGGGCUAGUGUUGCAAAGCUGCAGGCUUCCUAUGCUUCGCGCCAGGGACGAAGGCAGAGACUGAAGGCCCAGCCACAGACGCUGUCUCUGGCGCUUGCCUGCUUGGAGGAGUUAAGGCUUGUGGUCCCCUUUCCUUGUGGCCAGGACUUCUGCGAGGUGCUUCCGCAUGUGGCUGCUCCUUACUGUCUUGUGCGGGCGGGAAGCGCGCAAGAAUCCUCAGAAGCCGCCUCAUUCUUCUGCAAGUUUGACUUGGGAAGGCAUUGGCUGUGGCCAUACAUAAAGCACGCCUCGCUUGACUGCAUUCGCAAUGCUGCAGCCUGUGUGCUGCGAGCGGCAGACAUCCCAUCGGAUGGCGCCCUGCUUCAAAGAUGUUUUCUUCCCUGCCACUUGGUCGCUCCAUGUGCCUGGGUGCAUGCACGCGGCACCUUGAACGUACCGGUGCUCCGAUGUUUAGUUCUUCGGCUUCUCCAACAUCUGAUGAAGGCACCUUUCGCAUCCGUGCCUGAGAAGCUCGGCAGCGAUAGUGAGCUUUUGUUUUUGUGGUCUUCGUGA